UCCAAGACGUCACGCUGGGGGAGGCGGGACAUAUUGAGACUAGACUGGCGUGUGAACCCUAAGGCAAUGCAUAUAACUUUCCCUCUCUAUGCCCCCAACCUCCACCCCCUUCCGGGCUCCGGGUGGAGUGGUGCGCAGCCCCAGCAGACCACUGUGGAAGGAGGACGGAGGUAGCGCCAAGGAUCUCUGCGUCCAGUGACGAUGUACCCAACAUAUUUGUAAAAUUGGGCUGACUUGACUGCCAAAUCCCAGCUGGACUACAGUGGAUGUUUCACUCCACUGACUUGCCUUUUAACUUUUUGAGGUGGAUCAAAUAAAUCAUCAUGGUUUUCAGUGAGCGCCCGUCCUUGGAGCGCACAAUACGCACGGCCGUUUUGUCACUGCUGCUUUGCGCACAGGCCGGUUCUGGCUUCUCGGUGGCCGGACAGCAGGAAACCACCUGCGAUGCCAACGGCAGCAUUUACUUCGUGGGGGAAUGGUAUUUUCUCGACUCAGAUCACUGCACCCAGUGUGAGUGCACCUCCGAGGGUUCCGCAUGUUCCCGCACUGAGUGCACCUCUCUCCCGGCUGCGUGCAUCCAUGUCAGCCACUACCCCACCGACUGCUGCCCGAGGUGCGAGAAGAUAGGGUGUGAGUACCGAGGGGUGGUGUACGAACUGGGGCAGAACUUCCAGCCAUCAGAAUGUGAGCAGUGCACUUGUGACAACGAUGGCAUUGCUCGCUGUCUAGUUGCAGAUUGUGCCCCCCCGCCAUGUGUCAACCCCGUCUACCAGCCCGGGAAAUGCUGCCCUGAAUGUCAGGACGGUCCUAACUGCUACGUCAAUGCAUCACGCAGCCAAGUGAUCCCUGCAGGAGAGCCCAUCUGGGUCGACUCCUGCACCAAGUGUCGCUGUCACGACGGCCAGGAUGCCGGCUACUGGGAAGGGAACCGUCUCGCCACCUGCUCCCGCCUCAAGAACUGUACACCUGAGCAACCGUCCACUCAGAAAAACUGAUCCACUCUGUCAGCAGGGAACCAGCCGUUAAUAUACUAAAUGUACAAUCCCAGAUGAUCUCUACACCUCCCAGCCCUCCUCUGCAGCUGAACAUGUCAGCAGUAAUGUUAGUUUAUUUAUGAACGGUAUGAAGUGAACAAGAACCAAAAAAAAAUCAUUCUAAAAAGUCAACAGAAGAGAUCAGCUGCCUUUCCACAAGGACCGAGAUUCCUGAAUACAGAUGAGACCCACUGGUCCGUCACUUUGGUGGACAAGACCGGCUCCCUAUCAGGCCUUGGCCGCAUAUUACAAACAAGGUCAAAAUUCAAGGCUGACUCACAGACUGAUCAAAGCUCCGUGCCCUCUGAAUGUCAGUGUUUGUUUUUUUUUUCCUUUUGUUUUUUUUUUUUGCAAUUUGAUUAACUGCUUUUCUUUCUUUUUUUUUUAAAGAAAUCUGAAGACCAAACUAGAGUAUUGACCGCGUUACUAUGUAUUCUGACUUUUUGUUUUAGUUAAUAUUAUAUUGUGCUUCCGUGGUGCGUAUUCCUGAACUAAGUUGUUUUUAAUCAAAUUACCACUAACCAACUGAGGCACACAAACCUUGUGGCCAGGUAGCGUUACUGAUCUCCAGCAUAGAAAUACUGGUUGGUACCCAUAAAAUGGAUAGAGGAUUGGCAGACGAUCAUUCGGGGCCCAACAGCAAGUAUUUUACUGCAGCCCACUAAAAUUAAUCUGGCCAUUUACAAAGAAGAACCGAUUUUAAUCCCACCAGAAGAAGAGGGGUGGAUGUAUGGUAGUCUCUGACAACCAAUGAAAGAUGGAUUGUUACUCUUUCUUUUUAAUAAUGUGGACUGCAGCAGGGAUGUAAACACUAAACGUUUAAUGUGCAGGGCUUCAACACCCUGAUCCCUCGAACUACAGAGAAUCCAUAAAUCUGAACUAGAAUAAAACAGACCUGACCCUUUAAAGGUCACCGCACUCCAGACAUUUAACCUUUAAUAUUGUAUCUCCCUUUCCACAGUUUCUUCAAAAAGUUUGAUUAGGCCAUUGUAUUUUUUUAGAAAGAGGGACUGGUAAGAUUUUAUCUGAGAUGGUUUCCGUGUUUUUUAUUUUGAGUGUAUUGGAUGAUGAGAAAUUGUAAUUGACCUGUCACGGUUUGAUGCAGCAUCUGAUUGUUUGCACAGCUGUGAUGCAAUUUAGAGUAGGAAGUGGCUGAGCGAGGCAAUUCACGAUUUUGUAACUGUUCUAUAAAUUCUGCAGUUCAAUUUCCAUGUUAAUUGAAAGAGAAUGUAUGAGACCACGGCCCAGCGUCCGAGUGUACAGUAGCUGCACGACAUGGGCGAUAUUUGAAAACAGGGUUUCAUUUAAUGGAACGUUAUUUGCUCGUGUAAACUGUUGAGCCGGAGCAAUAAUCUGUAAUUUACCGCUUUAUUAGUUUUCCACAUGAAAGAAUGUGUAGAGUGUGUAGUGUAUGAUGAAAUGUAGCAUGAAGAAUCCUUUUACGUAGGUCUAUAUGCGGCACAUUCUUCCUAUUAUUAUGUCAUUAUCAACCAUUUUAAUCACAAGGGACCUUUGAAUGACAACCAAAAAUAAUAAUGUCUUGUAAUAUGUUGAUGUGCAGUGUUGCAGCCUAUAAUGGCGUUUACUCUUACCGCAUAUUAAAGACUCCCAAGCUGCUGCUGUUUUAAGUAUAUCAUCCCAACUGCCAUUAUCCUCCAUGAAAUGCUUCUAUAUGCAAGUUUUACGGUUAUGGACAACUUUUAAAUCUUGUUUUAUGAGGAUACUUUAAGACUGAAUACACCUGUACUGUAUUUUCAACAUUUUCUAAGGGGACUAAAUAAAAUACGACAGCUAUGUCUCCA